AUGCCCUACGCACAAACUUCGACCAUCUACUGCCCACCCUUUGAUCACCCAGACAUCUGGCAAGGCAACAGCACCUGCAUGGACGAGAUCGCGGCUCAACUCCCAGGCGAGCCAGACGUACUGAUCUGCUCUGUCGGCGGCGGCGGCCUAAUCAACGGUAUCUGCCAGUCUAUGGAUAAACACCAAAUGAGUAAGACAACCAUCCUCGCCAUGGAGACUGCUGGCGCCGAGAGUCUCAACGCAGCGCUCCAAGCCAAGGAAGUCAUCACACUACCCAAGAUCACAUCACAAGCAACAAGUCUAGGCUGCGCCCGCGUAACAGACGCAACCUUCAAAUACGCUCAGCGAGGCAACGUUCGAAGCAUCGUUCUACCCGACGCAGAAGCAGCAAUGGGCUGCUGGCGCCUCGCAGACGACGAGCGUAUCAUGGUAGAGCUCGCCUGCGGUAUUAACGUCGCUCUCUGCUAUGACGGACGACUCGAGAAGGCCCUCGGCCGCCCAGUCCGCCCAGAAGACAAGGUCGUCAUUGUGCUUUGUGGCGGUAGCAACGUCACGAGCAAGAUGUUGUGUGAUUGGAGGAACGAGUAUGCGUACAUUGAAGAAGAGACUGAGGCUAGGAGGCGCAAGAGUGAUUCUGCGCUUGGUAGUGAGACACAGAGUGAGACGGGCAGUGUGAAGGAUGUCGAUAUGGGAAUGGGCAAUGUCCCAAGUGAGUACAGUAAGCCUCUGGUGAUUGAGGGUAUUGAGGUUGGCUGCGUAGAGUGCUCAUAG